AUGAGCACAAACAUUGGAUCUCUCGACACGUGUAAGCCCGCCAACAACGACGUCGGUUGUCCAGCAAACGGCACCGUUUCGGCCAUCAAAAGCUCUGUUCCGGCCACGCAUAUGACAUCCUCGGAAGCCACCCUGGGUCGCCACCUGGCACGAAGGCUCGUCCAGGUGGGGGUCACCGACGUUUUCUCCGUCCCGGGUGAUUUUAACCUUACCCUCCUCGACCACCUCAUUGCGGAGCCGCAGCUCAAGGUCAUCGGGUGCUGCAACGAGCUCAAUGCUGGGUACGCCGCCGACGGUUACGCGCGGUCGCGCGGCGUGGGCGCAUGCGUGGUGACGUUCACGGUGGGGGGGCUGAGCGUGAUAAACGCGAUUGCGGGCGCGUACAGUGAGAACCUUCCAUUGAUUUGCAUCGUUGGUGGGCCCAACACCAACGACUUCGGCACUAACAGGAUCCUCCAUCACACCAUUGGAUUACCCGAUUUCAGCCAAGAACUCAGGUGUUUCCAAACCGUUACUUGCUACCAGGCUGUGGUGAAUAACUUGGAAGAUGCUCAUGAAAUGAUCGAUACUGCGAUUUCAACCUCGCUGAAAGAAAGCAAACCUGUGUACAUAAGCAUUAGUUGUAACUUGCCUGGCAUUCCUCACCCUACUUUCAGUCGUGAACCUGUCCCAUUUUCAUUGUCUCCAAGAUUGAGCAAUCAAAUGGGGUUAGAGGCAGCAGUGGAGGCAGCAGCAGAGUUCCUAAACAAGGCAGUGAAGCCAGUUCUAGUGGGUGGUCCUAAACUCAGGGUGGCUAAGGCAAGUGAUGCUUUUAUUGAGCUUGCAAAUGCAUGCGGCUAUGCAUAUGCUGUGAUGCCAUCAGCCAAGGGACUAGUCCCUGAGCACCACCCUCACUUCAUUGGCACUUUCUGGGGUGCAGUUAGUACUGCAUUCUGUUCUGAGAUUAUAGAGUCUGCUGAUGCAUACUUGUUUGCUGGACCCAUUUUCAAUGACUACAGCUCUGUUGGGUACUCACUCCUUCUCAAGAAGGAGAAGGCCAUCAUCGUCCAACCUGACCGAGUUGUCGUCGGAAAUGGGCCAGCAUUUGGGUGUGUUCUGAUGAAGGAUUUCCUAAAAGAACUUGCAAAGCGUCUCAAUCAUAACAGCACUGCAUAUGAGAAUUACUACAGGAUAUUUGUCCCUGAUGGACAUCCUGUGAAGGCGGAACCCAAAGAACCUUUGAGGGUUAAUGUUAUGUUUCGACAUAUACAAGAAAUGCUGUCUUCUGAAACAGCAGUUAUUGCUGAGACAGGGGACUCUUGGUUUAACUGCCAAAAGCUGAAACUGCCACAAGGAUGUGGGUAUGAGUUCCAAAUGCAAUAUGGUUCAAUUGGAUGGUCUGUUGGUGCAACUCUUGGUUAUGCACAAGCUGUCCCUGAAAAGCGAGUGAUUGCUUGCAUUGGUGAUGGAAGCUUUCAGGUGACAGCUCAGGAUGUGUCCACAAUGCUGCGAUGUGGGCAGAAGAGCAUCAUCUUCCUGAUAAACAAUGGUGGAUACACCAUUGAGGUGGAAAUUCAUGAUGGGCCAUACAAUGUGAUCAAGAACUGGAACUACACUGGGUUGGUUGAUGCAAUCCACAAUGGUGAAGGAAAUUGCUGGACCACAAAGGUUACAUGUGAAGAGGAGCUAAUUGAAGCAAUUGAGGAAGCAAAAGGACCCAAGAAGGAUUGCUUUUGCUUCAUUGAGGUGAUUGUUCACAAAGAUGACACCAGCAAAGAGUUGCUUGAAUGGGGUUCCAGGGUCUGUUCUGCUAAUAGCCGUCCUCCCAAUCCUCAGUGA